GCACGUUGGCACGUCUGUCACGCAGCGGCUGCAGGCGUGCUGUAUUCUCACUCAGACUUGCGCCUGUUGAAAUGAGCUCGCAAGUCAGCCGAGGUCUGGUGCGGCAGAGGCGGCCAGGAAAGGCACGCGGCGGCGACGCGUUGAUGUGCACGCGCCGCGGCCGUAGCGCCGGAGGAUGGAGGCGGCGUCUCGUCAGCGGGCUGCAGGCUGCCGCGCUGCACCGCCCGCUUCCUCUUGCAUCUGCUCUCUCACCUCCAUCCUCAACCUGCGCUCGCCGUCAUGGCGAACCCCUUCUAUCCGCCGCGCGCCAACCGCACCUCGGCCGGCAGUGGCCUCGGCGCCAGCGGCGAGGCGGGCUACGGCGACGAGCCGCCGCGCCCCUUUGACCCGCACCGCGCGGCCACCUUUGCGCGAGGCGCGGGCAGCAGUGGGACGGCAGCGUCGCAGCAGCAGUACUAUCAUCCACCACCACAGGCGCCGCAGCAGCAGCGCCAGGAGGACUACUACGCCGGUGCAGCACCCGCAGGCGGCGCGCGCUACGCCGACCCAUACGAGACGGCGCCGUCGCCCGGCGGCUACUACGCCUACCCGCCGGCGCCCAACCAGCCGCUGCACGAGUACCUCUCUACGCCGACCACGGGUCCCACACCCACCUCCGCCGCGCCCUUUCUCGGCCGCGCAGACUCAGACGACCCGACGCGCCGGCCUGACACGCCCGGCAUCUACCCGGACCGCGCACCGACGCGCGACAAGCUCACGCCGGCGCAGCUCAAGAUCGCAGACUCGUUCCCCAAGGACCUGGACCGCGAUGGCGGCACCAUGUUUGGAGACAUGAAGAGCAUGGUGCGCGACUGGCGCAGCUGGGUCAAGUGGAAGUACACGCACUACUAUGUGGGCUGUAUCAUCAUCAUCGUAGUGGUCGCCUUGAUGACGCUCUACCACAAGCAAAUCGUGGACUGGCUCACGCCGCUCUCGCUCAAGGUCAAGUCCGUCUCGUGGGGCUGGAUCAUAGUCGUGGCCAUCCUCUUCGUCAUUUCCUUCCCGCCACUGUUCGGGCACGAGAUUGUCGGCGUGCUCUGCGGCGUCGUGUACGGCCUCUGGGUCGGCUUUGGCAUUUUCUCGCUGGGCACGGUUCUCGGCGAGUUGGGCAACUUCGUGGCGUUCAAGUGGUGCUUCAAGCGCCAGGCGGAGAAGGUGGAGCGUAAGAGCAUCACCUACGCCUGCAUGGCGCACAUCACGCGUGAGGGCGGCUUCGGCGUCAUUCUGCUGGCGCGUCUCUCGGCUAUCCCCGGCCACGUGAGCACAGCUAUUUUUGCCACUAUCGGCAUGAACAUCUGGGUCUUUACGGCGGCAGCGGUAAUCACCUUGCCCAAGCAGUUGGCAGUGGUGUAUCUCGGUGUUGCGCUCGGCACGUCGUCGGCCGGCGGCGAGAGCACGCAGAGCAAGAUUGUCAAGUGGGCGGUCAUCGUCAUCACCGUGAUCGUGACCAUUCUGGCCGCUUUGUACCUACAUCGCAAGAUGGACCAGGCGCGGCCACAAGUGCAGAAGGCGCUGCGGCAACGGCGCUUCACGAUGCUGACCGAGGCGCGCGCAAGCGAGGCGGCCGACGGCGGCGUGUGGGGCUACGGCGACACGGCCUCGCCGCUCGGCUCCGCGACGAAGCUAUACGGCGCCGGUGCUGCGGGCGUGUACAGCCGCGAUGACUUCUCGGAGCGCAUCGACAUGCCGCCGCAGCAAGUGCAGGGCGCACCGCGCGCGGGCCAGCAGCAGCGCAGCUCGGGAGGCUGGAGCCGCUGGGCCAACAAGGGCAGCGCGCAGGAGUACGAAGGCGACUCGCGCGACGGCGGCGCAAACGGCAUCAGCAUGAGCAUGCUGCACUCGGCCGCGCCGCUGGGCCGCGCUCCGAGCCAGGACACGCUGAGCUCGGAUGCGGCGCACGAGUCGCGUCCAGCUCUUGCACCGGUGCCGGCAGCUUCGUACGGGCGCAGCAACCCCGAGGGAUACGCAUACUCGCCGGAGGACGAGCGCGUCGAGUACAUGCACUCGCCGCAGCCGCAGCGCGAGGAGCAGAGACAGGAGGUCAUGCAGCAGCAACAGCAGCGGGGCGCACGCCCGCCUCCGGCUCCGAGCUCGGCGGCAGCGGCAGCGCUGAAGCUGGCGCCGCCGGACACGCGCCAGCACUACCAGCAGGUCAGCAACGUGGGCAGCGUGUACUCCCUGCCGGCCGGCUCUGAGGACCUGGGACGAGGGAACGCGCAUGCAGCGACGCAGCAGGCUGCGCCGCAUGCCGCACAGCAGCAGCAGCACUACGCCGACUCGCGCUCCACGACACCAGGCGCUCCGCCUAGCUACGCCAGCGACGAGCCGUGGGGCGCUGAGCGGCCACAGCAGCGAGCGGCACCGACGGAUCAGCGCUGGUCGCUGCACGACGGCCAAGCAUUCUGAGAAGCUGCCGCCGAUCAUGCUCUCUCCUGCUGCGCUCCUCUAUCUCUCGCUGUCCUGCUACAGGUGCUCCCGUCACCCGAGACUGUAUACUGUGUGCUUCAUCUAUUUGCUCGCUCGUGAAUGUGACGCAUAAACCCGUGGAUGG